AUGUUUUUACCAGCAUUUCUGCUUUGUCCUUGUCUGUUACCGCAAUUUCCCUUUCUGUUUCUAAUACUGGAUAUACCCACUCUCUUUUAUUGCCUCCCAUUCUUUUUAUCAUACUCCACACGUCACCCACUGGCGUUGUGUCCACCCGCUGAGGUUUCCGCCAUCUUACCUCCGCGCGUGAGCCAGUGGCUCAGGAAGGUGUUCUGGCAGCAGCCGGUACCUGAGUUUGAAGUGAACACACGCACAGUGGAGAUUCUGUAUGAGCUGGCGGAGAGCAGUGAGACGAGAUGCAGAGAGGCUGAGCUGCUCAUCAAGGACCACGAGCAGAAAACAGAAGAGUACGGCAGUGAUGGAACUCAUCUCCAAGAAGUGCUUCUCCAGGCAGUAGGACUUCAGGCUGAAGGACUUUCCAGAUCCACAGUGGACCUGCUGUCAGCACUGGAGGGAACCGCUGAAGUGCUUAAACUCAGAGACACAUCACUUGGGAGGUAAAGUAACACUCU